UUUAGCCAACGAGAUGGGAAGUGUCGAUUGCAGAAGGGAAAAAGCAAACUGGUAGUAUGGCGUAAGCCGAGAGCCUAAAGGCAGCCGAUAGUUCGUCUUGCAAAAUAAGAAGACGAAUGCUCAUUAUUGCGAAAUUUUGAAAAACAUGGGAAUUACCCCAUAGUCUUUGAGGUGUUGACAUUACAGCGACUGCUACAAUGUCGUCUUCAGUGCCCAAGCCCCUUGUUGUUUUGGGCUUUAUUUAUGUGCUCCUUGCUGCGGCAAAUGGCCUGCUAUGUUACUGCAACAUAUGUCCAGAUUUAACAUGCGAGACAGAUGGUUACUGCUUUGCUUCUAAGUCGUAUGAGAAGAGCACUGGUACGCUGGUCGAGGCAUUCCGGUGCCUGGACAAACAACAGGUGUCUCCUCCCGAUAACCCCCUCUUAUGCCACUAUGCCAACACUCCUAGAGGCACACAUCGCAUAAAAUGUUGCAAGGAUUUCGACUACUGUAAUAAAAACUUGACUAUACCCAUUGAACUGAAGAAAGGCCCUACAGAUCCCAUUCCAGGACUCUGGGAAAACUGGAUGACUGCAACCGUAGCAGCUUGUGUACUGUUCGUACUUUUAUUUGUCAUCUUAAUCUUCACUGUGCGUAGACAACGCCACCAACGACUUCGGCCUCACUACAAUUGUGAUGAUAGCACUGAGGCUCCUGAUCUCCCAAUAUUGGGGGGUGUUUCUCUUAAAUCCAUGAUUGAAAUGACAACUAGUGGUUCUGGGUCAGGUUUACCACUUCUUGUUCAAAGGAGCAUUGCACGUCAAAUCCAGUUAGCCGAUAGUAUUGGCAAAGGACGGUUUGGUGAAGUAUGGCGGGGACGCUGGCGUGGAGAAAAUGUUGCAGUUAAAAUAUUUUCUUCUAGGGAAGAGCGCUCUUGGUUCCGUGAAGCAGAAAUCUACCAAACUGUUAUGCUGAGGCAUGACAAUAUUUUAGGUUUUAUUGCAGCUGACAACAAAGAUAAUGGAACAUGGACUCAGCUUUGGCUCAUCACUGACUAUCAUGAAUAUGGAUCAUUAUUUGACUACCUUUACCGAAACACAGUUGAUGUUGCUGGAAUGAUACGCAUGGCUCUUUCUAUUGCCACUGGCCUUGCUCAUUUGCACAUGGAAAUUGUUGGCACUCAGGGUAAACCUGCUAUUGCCCAUCGAGAUCUGAAGUCCAAAAACAUAUUGGUGAAGACAAAUGGUACAUGUGCCAUUGGGGAUCUGGGGCUUGCUGUCCGCUAUGAUGUAACCACUGACAGAGUAGACAUUCCACUAAAUAAUCGUGUUGGUACCAAGCGAUACAUGGCUCCAGAGGUCCUAGAUGAUACUAUCAAUAUGAAUCACUUUGAUUCUUUCAAAAGGGCUGAUGUUUACGCUAUGGGACUUGUUUUCUGGGAAAUUGCCCGCAGAUGUAAUGUGGGGGGUAUUUAUGAUGAGUAUCAGCUCCCUUUCUAUGAUAUGGUUCCCUCAGAUCCAACCAUUGAAGAAAUGCGCAAGGUGGUAUGCACCGACAGCCAACGUCCAUCUAUACCCAAUAGGUGGCAGGCUUGUGAGGCAUUGUCUGGAAUGUCCAAGGUGAUGAAAGAAUGCUGGUAUCAAAAUGCAGCUGCUCGGUUGACAGCCUUAAGAGUAAAGAAGACUUUAAGUAACUUCAAUAUCCCAUCAAAUAAUAUUAUAUAAGCACUGAAACAUCAAGUCCUUUAUUUCUUAGGGCUAAGUUUAAGUUACCACAUAUGUACUGAUAAGACUAUGACUCUGUAUUGAAUAAUUAUUCAUGCAUCUACACCUCAGCAUGAAUAGCUCAAAAUUGUAUUGGUUGUCAUUGAAUGCAAGAUAUGCGUUUUAAGAAUUUUUGCUCUUGUUUGUCUCUGAAUAUUUAUUGUAGUUACUCAAAACUCUUUUGCCCUCUUUUGGCUUGUAAAUUUUCUAUAAUACUUUAUUACAAUUUCAUAACUUACUUGGUUUUAAACCUUCAAUUUGGCCAGUUUUAUGAUGAUAAUUUUGAUGACAAGUCAGUACAUUUUGUGAGUGUGUAGAUAUUACUUUAUAAAUUGAUGAUAGCCGUCAGAACUGUACAUUACGUCUGUCUUGUUUUUUUUUGUUUUUUUUUUCUUUGUUUUUUUUGUUAUUGCAAUCAGGUUAUGUUAACUCAAAAGGGUUGUGGGUCAAUAAUGCUUGGAUUGCAUCAUUUCUUUAAGUCUAGUCUAAACCUCUGGGUCAAGCCUUUCUUCCUGUGCAUUUUAUGAUUGAACCAAUUGCAAGACCUAAAAUACAAAAUGGAUCAGAAUGCAGCUCAACCACUUCAGUAUUGAUAUCGUCAGGAAGGAAUCGAACUACCAUUUAUUGAGACUUUGAUUUCCAACCCAAAUUUGAGAAGACUUGCACAACCCUUUAACUGCUUUUUGUAAUUUAAAAAAAUCUUUAGUGUCUUUUUGGUUUUAGGUCCGUGACCAACCAUUUCAAUCACUGUAAUUAUUUUUUUUUUAUUAUUAACUUGUGUAUAAUUUGUGAUAGUACUGUAAGCAACUUAAUUUGUAGUAAGUGUAUAAGAAAGUAACCGCUGAUAUAAAACUAUACUUAAUUCAUUGAUUUUGUAUAUGGCACUACACAGUUCAUCCAAAGUAUUGUUCAUGACAAAAUGUCUUAUCUUUUUCUAUCUUUCUGUAAUAUAAUUGGCCAUAUGUUUGUAUUUUGAUGUUGGACAUUGGUAAUCUUUCACAUUACAACUACACUCUUGAUCAAAUUUUGCAGCACAGCUCAUUUUGACUUUACAGAAAGAUGAGACAUCCUGAUAAAAGGAUAAGGGAAUGAACUGUAUUGUUUUUUGUUUGUUUUUCUUUUAAUGUUUUUAUAUAGGUUUUAUACUGAACGUGGUUAAGUUUGUUGUUAGACUUUCUCUACAUUUUUGUACACUGUGACUACAUGUGUGUAAUGCGAAUCUUGAACUUUUACGUUUAACCAAUUUGUUAAGUAUUGUUGGCAUCGUUUUGCUGGGACUCAGUCGAGGACUGGAUUGAUUGCUUUUUGAAAUGUUGUUUGAAGAAAACCAAAAUCUUCCGCACUAUUAAUAUUGUUUUCUUGUAUCUCUACACUGUACUUGGUAUACUUCCUUUUUGAUAUGAUAAAUUACUGCCCUUUCACACAUUGUCUUGAAUUUUCCUCAAACUGUGUUACAUCAAUGUGUAUUGCCAUUGUUUUGUAGAAUUUUGUUACCUUUCUGGAAUGUGUAUUCCUCUGUUUUGAUUUGCUGUAAAUUUGGAUAGCAACCCUUUUAACUCCUUGUUUUAAAAUUUGUAAUUAUUGGACAAAUUAGUUAUCAGUUCAUGAAUUUACGUGAAACUGCAAAUUCACAAAUUUGUAAUUGUGUAGAGUUACAUGUAUCAUUAAUUAGUAAGAAAAUAUCAUAGUUGUGUUGCCAAACACAAUGAAGUGCAAACACACUUGAUGUCCCAUGUGACUUGUUUCCAAGAUUGAUUCUCUUCUUCUUCCGAUAUCGUCUUGUGCCUACAUGGGAGUAAUGCCAAUGUUUUCAUCUGAUUAUAGACUGCCCUCCCAUUAUGUACCCAUGCAUUAUGUGGUGUUUUUCUUAUCAUUUAUAUGUCAAAAUACCUGUUAGCUCCUGUAAACUAUACCCCACAUUAAGCAUUGGAUUUAAGGUUUGUUAGCAGCAAUUCUUUGGAUACCUACCUUAAUUAUUAUACUGCCAAUCAUAUCACACCAUGUCUAGGGUGUAAUUAGUGCUCAAGUUGCCCUUUUUUUGUAUUUCGACUUUUGUAAACAGAGGAGAACUUUGAGUCGCUGGAUGCACAACCUGUCAACUUUAUAUUGGGCCCUUUGUGUUUGUUCUACAAUUCGCUACAGUUUAACAAACUGCCUCUUUCAUUUGCCCUGCCUUUCUCUCAUUUCUAGUUUGCAUAAUUUUAAGUCUUUUGUAAAUAUAGAUGUACAGUACAAUCACAACAUUCUGUUCAAGUCUCAAAGCUGUCAUUUUUACCAUGUGAAUGAUUUUGAACAUUGUUGCAUCACCCCGUCUUUGCUCUUUUUCAUUGAACUCUUGCAUCAGACAAAGGCUUGCGGCCUCUUUGUUUCUAUUUUCUUGUGAAUAUGUAUUUGUUUAUUUAAUUGCAUAACAUUUGCUUGGAUUUACUGUACUGCAGUGGUGCUUUUAUGUGCUUGGGUUAAUACCCUUUGUUUUUGUGCAUAGUGUUGAAGACUAAUAUUUGUUGAAAGACUUAGGUGUAAGAAGCGAUAGGCAUGUUAAUAUGUUUUCAUAAGAUAAUCUUAUGACCUUGAGUGCUAGAAAUGAUGAUGGUAAAAGAACUGAAAAUGAAAUACUGUGAAGGUUUCCAAGGCUGUAUUUUCUGUACAUCCUCAUCAUGAAACUGAUGGUUGAAAUUAAAGGCUUAAACUGCUUCAUUGUUUAUGUAAAAGCUUUAGAAUACUUUAUUAUGUGUUUCAAUCUAAUUGCAUACUUGUGAAUGUUUGACUGUGAAGAGAGAAUGAUGUUAGGUCUGCCGCCUGCUUGUAUUCUGGAGGACCACCCUUCUUGGGAAUGAGAUAAACUCAAAUUUUAAAGUAACAUUACAAAAGUAUUUUGGUUAUUGUCUUAUUGCUAGAAUUAUAGGACUUUGUAAGUUUUAUACAGUCCAAUUAGACAUUAUUUUCAUGUUAGGUCUCCUGUCUUUUUACAGGCUCUAAAUUUAAAAAUAUCUGUUGGUGUUAGUAGUUAAUUUAACUUUCUAAACUGUAAUGUGUCUUCGUGAAACAAAUUUAGUGUUGUUUUUCUUUACAUGUGGCAGCUAGGUACUUUGAACACUGUUUCAAAAAACUGCAAAGUUCUUUCCUUUGAUUUUUUCCUGUAGUAUGUCCCAGAUUUCACACAUUCCCUUACGUCCUUUUGCAGAAAUCAUGAGUCUGUAUAUAUCUGUGUGAUUGCAACUUGAACUAGUGGAGUUAGUGUUUUCUGCUGAAUAAAUUAAACCAUUUUCAAUUUA